AUGCUCCAGGGAAAGGAGCUCCGCGACACAUGUCUUGGGAGCGCAACCUCUGGCUUGGUAGCGAGGCUUCUCUGCCAUCCGCUAGACACGGCUAAGGCGCGCCUCCAAGGCCCCGAGGGCAGCUCGUUCAGGAACACUUGGCAUGUCUUGCGAGCAACAAUGGGCACGGAAAGGAUCCGCGGGCUGUAUCGAGGCAUAGGUGCUGUCACGUUCGGAGGAGUGCCCGGGGUGUGCCUCUACCUCACCACAUAUGAGGCCACCAAAGAGCUUCUCGCGGACCGCGGGGCGAUCGGCGGGGGCGACGCAGAAUCAGGAGGGGAGGGCAUCUUGACCCACUUGACCGCUGGAAUGAUGGCGGAAGUUGUGUGCUGCGUGGUAUUCGUUCCCGUAGACGUGGUCAAGGAGAGGCUGCAAGUCCAGCGACCAGCGGGGGCGGCGGCUGCCAAAUAUGUGUCCACUGCUGAAGCUAGUAGUGGUGGAAGUAGAGCCGGCGGCAGCAGCAGCGGGGUUAGAGAGGCGUCGGUGCCGCCUUACAGAGGGAGCGCGGACACGCUGAAAACAAUUUUGAGAACCGAAGGCCUCCGAGGGAUAUACAAGGGUUACUUGGCGACGCUGGCCUCCUUCGGCCCCUUCUCGGCGCUGUACUUCAUGUUCUACGAGCAGGCCAAGAUGGCCUCCCAGGACUUGAUCGAACGACAUCCAUACUUCCGAGGGCAGGGGGGCACGGACGCUCGAGCAGCAGAAGGGGCGGCGACGGCAACAACGGAGGGCCAGAGCGCGCGAGGGGGCAGGGCAGAACUCCCGGUGUGGAUGACCCUGGGCAACGCGGCGGCGGCGUCGGCGGCGGCGUCCUGGCUGACGAACCCCCUGGACUUGGCGAAACUCAGGCUGCAGGUGCAACGAGGAGCGGCUGCGACGGCGUCACAGCCACCGGCCGUCGCGACCACGGCGGCCACCGCGCCGUACACCGGCAUGCUGGACGCCCUGCGGCGGAGCUACCGCGCGGGGGGGCUGGCCGGACUGUUCAAGGGGUCAGGAGCGAGGAUGGCCUUCCAGGCCCCCAGCAUCGGCAUCACUAUGGCCGCCUUCGAGAAGUCCAAGGAAAUGUGGGGCUCCCUCUUGCCCUGA